UUGCGCAUUGGAAGCCAUGUUAAAGUUACAGUGAAGUGGGACUGUGAUUUUUUCCCCCUGACGCCAUAUGUUUAUUUGUUUGUUUCUUCCAGUCUGUAAAAUCCAUAAACAUACCGAUCGGAUUCAGAAACGGGGGUUCAGAUGAUGAAUUCCAGUUUCGACCUCUCCCGGCGGAAUCCGCAGGAGGAUUUCGAGCUCAUUCAGAGAAUAGGAAGCGGCACCUACGGAGAUGUCUACAAGGCCCGGAACGUCAACACCGGGGAGCUGGCUGCCAUUAAAGUCAUUAAGCUGGAACCCGGUGAGGACUUUGCCGUGGUACAGCAGGAAAUCAUCAUGAUGAAGGAUUGCAAGCACUCCAACAUUGUGGCGUAUUUUGGCAGCUACUUGAGGAGAGAUAAAUUAUGGAUAAGCAUGGAGUACUGUGGAGGAGGAUCUCUGCAGGAUAUAUAUCAUGUGACGGGGCCUUUGUCAGAAUCACAAAUAGCCUAUAUGUCACGAGAAACUCUUCAGGGUUUGUAUUAUCUACACAACAAAGGAAAAAUGCACAGAGACAUCAAGGGAGCAAAUAUCCUUUUAACCGACAAUGGGUAUGUGAAACUAGCUGACUUUGGCGUCUCAGCCCAGAUCACAGCAACACUAGCAAAGAGGAAGUCCUUCAUCGGUACUCCUUACUGGAUGGCCCCCGAAGUGGCCGCAGUAGAGAGGAAGGGUGGGUACAACCAGCUCUGUGACAUCUGGGCCGUGGGCAUCACCGCCAUCGAGCUGGCAGAGCUGCAGCCGCCCAUGUUCGACCUGCACCCCAUGAGGGCUCUCUUCUUGAUGACCAAGAGUAACUUCCAGCCUCCCAAACUGAAAGACAGAGUGAAGUGGACAAACAAUUUUCACCAUUUUGUUAAGAUGGCCUUAACGAAGAAUCCCAAGAAAAGGCCAACCGCUGAAAAACUAUUGCAGCACCCUUUCAUCUCGCAGCCUCUGAGCCGCACGCUUGCCAUUGAGCUCCUGGACAAAGCCAACAACCCCGACCACAGCACCUACCCUGACUUUGACGACGAUGACCCCGAGCCUGAGUCCCCUGUGUCAGUGCCCCAUCGAAUCCCGUCCACCAGCAGGAAUGCCCGGGAAGGGAAGACACUGUCUGAGAUCAACUUUGGCCAAGUCAAGUUUGACCCUCCAAUGAGGAAGGAGACAGAGCCCCAUCAUGAGCCGCCCGACACUGACGAUUUUUUGGACUGUGUGGAAGAAAUAUACUACACUGCAAGAUCUAAUCUGGAUCUCCAGCUGGAGCACAGUGGUGAGCCCCAGGGCAGUUCCCUAUUGGGAGGGAAUAAGAGUCUCCUAAAGUCAGUGGAAGAGGAGCUGCAGCAGAGGGGACAUGUGACACAUUUAGAGGAUGAGGAUGAUGAUGGUGAUGAUGAUGAUGAAACUCAACACUCCUCCAGCUCUACCAUGAGACCCAAAGUGCCCCCGCCGCUACCUCCUAAGCCAAAAUCCAUCAUCGUCCCCCAGGAGAGCACAUCUGGUGGAGAUGACAACAACCAGGGGACCAUCAAGCGCUGCCCCGCGUCAGAGAGUCCUGGCAGGCCAGCCUCCAACGUGCCCCCCCGGCCCCCGCCCCCCCGGCUUCCCCCACACAAGCGCAGCAGCCUAGGUAAUGAGUCUGCGCACAGUGAGGGCUCCUGGGACACAGAGGGGGAUGCUGGGAACUUAAGUCAUUUCUGGGAGUCGAUAAAUGCACCGCAUGAGGAGGACGAGGAGGACCAGAGCAAUGGGGUUAAUGGCUCUCAGGUUAACGGGGAGAAGGACAACAGUGCAGGAGAGAGGCAAUCCACAAUGCCCCCUACUGUCCCCAUACGGAAAGACAAGAAGGACAUUCCGAGACCCAUAAGUAAUGGUCUACCACCCACUCCAAAGGUUCAUAUGGGAGCUUGUUUCUCCAAGGUCUUCAACGGCUGCCCGUUAAAAAUCCACUGUGCCACGUCCUGGAUCAACCCCGACACGAGAGACCAGUAUUUGAUAUUUGGAGCAGAGGAGGGUAUUUACACUCUGAACCUCAAUGAAUUGCACGAGACGUCCAUGGAACAGAUUUUUCCACGAAGAUGUACAUGGCUCUAUGUCAUGAACAACAGUUUGCUCUCCAUAUCUGGAAAAGCCUCUCAGCUGUACUCUCACAACCUGGCAGGCCUUUUCGAGCAUGCCCGGCAAAUGCAGAAACUACCUGUGGCCAUUCCUACCCACAAACUUCCUGACAAAAUGAUUCCCAGGAAGUUUGCUGUAUCCAAUAAGAUUCCAGACACAAAAGGGUGCCAAAAAUGCUGUGUAGUGAGGAACCCAUACACAGGUCAUAAGUACCUCUGUGGGGCCUUCCAGUCCAGCAUUGUGCUGUUUGAGUGGGUCGAACCCAUGCAGAAGUUCAUGCUUAUCAAGAACAUUGACUUCCCCCUGCCCUGCCCACUGGAGGUGUUUGAGAUGCUGGUGGUCCCGGAGCAGCAGUACCCCCUGAUCUGUGUGGCGGUCAGCAAGGGCACGGAGCUCAGCCAGGUGGUGCGCUUCGAGACGGUCAACCCCAACUCCACCUCCUCCUGGUUCACUGAGUCAGAUGCACCACAGACCUGCGUGAUCCACAUCACCCAGCUGGAGAGGGACACCAUUUUAGUCUGCCUCGAUCGGUGCAUCAAGAUUGUGAAUUUGCAAGGGAGGUUGAAGUCUAGUAGGAAGCUGUCAGCUGAGCUGACCUUUAACUUCCAGAUUGAGUCAAUAGUUUGCCUCCAGGACAGUGUUUUGGCGUUCUGGAAACAUGGCAUGCAAGGGCGCAGCUUCAAAUCUAAUGAAAUUACACAAGAGAUAUCCGAUAACACAAGGAUUUUCCGGCUCUUGGGAUCUGACAGAAACUCUCAGCAGUACGUCUGUAUACGGAAGGAUACAGGGUUUGAUGAAUCCAGGGGCCUACCCAGAGUUGUGGUGCUAGAAAGCAGACCAACGGACAACCCCACAGCACACAGCAACCUGUACAUACUGGCAGGGCACGAGAAUAGCUACUGACCGUACUGCAUCAUGGGAUUGGAACUCACCACAGAGAACACUACUGCUCUCGCAACAGAGAAUGAUCUGUUACCCAGUGGGCUUGCUUCAGACUUGCCUUUUUCAUUUUAACAUUUUUAUUUAUUGUGGCAUGUUAACAAAGAUGCAGAGGACGUUUUCUUUUUUUAAUAUAAUUUCAUUUUUCAAAGUGUU